AUGUAUUCCAUAAAGGCUGCGUGAAACUAUUCAAAAGUCGUAUUACAAUUAAAGUUGUGGAUGAAAAUAUAAAUGAUUAGCGUGGUAAUGUGGGAACUACCAGUGAACAAGCAAAGAAUGAAGGUGGAAGAAAACGAGCAGAUGUUUUGUGUUGGCAGUUGCUCGCAGUAUAACAGCCACAGUAAACCGCGUCUGUAUUUCAGCUGCAUCGGAGCGUUCUUUCUAUUUACGAGAAGGUGACAGAAUGGAAUCCUGAUUGCCAUAGCGUGUACGAAGAUACCACGGGACAAACGAAAUCUUUCAUCGAUCGGUAGAUCAUCGAAUUCUACGCGAAAGACCGAAAUUCCGCAAAGUUAAAACAGAAAUCGUCAGCAAAAAUGACCUCGAUAAAUAAAAAAACACUCGGCCAGAAAGGAAAGGGGGUGUGUAAAUUCCCGAUGAAACAACGAUCCGUGACAAAUAUGGCCACCCAAAAAGAAACGACAGAGGAGAAAAAAGUAAAUUACAAAGGUCACGCGGAGUCUGUAUAUAAUAAACGUUUCGACGAUACGGAUUACGACGAUCCAAUUACGAUGUUGCGCAAAGAAAUACAAGAUUGGAGAAUCAACGAAAUAUUAACGGCUAGAACCGAAGAAAGACUUAGUGGAACGCCAAGCGAACCGCGUACUUACAGUUAUGUCGCCUCCGGGGAAACAACCAAGAGACAACAAAGUCCCAAUGAUCCUCUUAAGUCGUGCAGAACGUUCGUUAACUUUCUAGCUGAAACGAAAGAUCACGACACAUUGGAGUACCUGGAUCUACGUAAGGAGACCGUUCCUCGUUCAUCCGCGUCUUGUCACUCGAAAAUGCAUUCUCGAUCUGUCUGCGAUUGUUAUUGUAAAAUUGUCACGCCGAGAACCCAUCGAAAAAACGAAAUUCAAUCAGAGAGAGGCCGUGCCAGACUCGUAGCGUCGAAGAGAUCAAUUUCCAAGACGGACGCCAUCAGGAGCGCGAGGAAGGUUCCAUCGACCCCAGCGACUCUCGUCGACGAAGAUCAGGCGGACAGUAAAAGAUCCACCUUUACGCUACCAAUUUCGCCCAUCCUUAGCCCACAGACGUCGGCGGCUCUUGAAGACGUGGAAAGAUUGGUCAAGGAUGCCCAGAUUCAAAUCAAGGGGAUAAGCAUGGUCGCUAAUUCGAAUCGAGUCCCAACAAACUUCAACACGUAUCUCGACGAAGUGACCCUGGACGACGAGAAAGAUCAAUUGUUAUACGUUCGAGAGCGCGUGGCGCAGAAAUUUCACGAAUCGAACGGUUGGAUCGACGGAAAUUACGUCGACCCUGCUGCACGAGAUGCUUCGAAAGAAGGAAAGCCACCGAUAAGACUCAAGAAUACCACCGAUUUCUCCGCUCCUAAAUUCAGGACGAGCAAAGACUUGUACAAAGAAUUCUCAUCCUACGCAGCACUGUUUGGAAACCAAAACCCAGAGCCCGCGACGCAAGCUGCGACCAACGUAAUCGAAAAAGAGAAGAAAGCCAACGAUCCUGAACAAGCUGAAAAAGUAGGCACGUUCGCCGUUCAAGCUGGACCGUCCGUGAACAUCGAGAGGAGUUUGAUAGCCCAGAAUUUGGAGAUGAUCCGCAUAUCGCCCGACCCAUUUUUCGUUCAAGAAAGCGCGAACGUUGGGACUUACACGAUCUGCCACGACCAUUGGAACGUGGGACCUUCGGCGCCUAAGGCGAAGUUCAUGAAGAUACCAUACGAGCCACGCGGCGUCGAAAACAACGUAAAACCAAUUGGCAACCCGCAAGGAAGAAAGAACUCGAAACAGCUGAACGGAGUAGAAAAACUCGUCGAGUCUACGUCACAUUCUACGUCCGAUUCAAUGACUUUGGAAGGAACCAAGAACGAUUCGCCGGAAAACAAUGGCAAAACGGAAGACUCUGGGAAACCAGAAGAGAAGAUAUUGGAUAACGAGAAGAGCCUGGAAUCAGAGUCUGUUGAUCCGGAGAACGAAAAGAAAUCAAAGCCGGAGGAAGAUCGAGCACAGUCACUUGAAGCUGUUAGAGAAGAGAGAAGAGAGAAAGCCACCGCUGAAGCCAGAAACGACCAAGCCACGAAGCAGGUGCGAUUCGACGCGGAAAUUACGAAAAAGCCGGAAAACCCUGUGGAGACUAGAAACGAGGAAAUCUCUAUGCUAGAGCGAGACUUGGAAAUAUUCGAAGGUACGGAGUCAAACGGUCGCAAUGCGCAAGAGUCGAAGGGACACGACCGUUCGACCUCGAAGAGGAUCGUCGAAGAAUGCAAGCAGACCCGAUCGGUCGAAGAGAAACGCGAGAAGAGACUCGAGGGAACCUCCGAAAAGGACGAACUCGAAAGGAACGAACGCUACAGGAUCGUCGAUGAACGUUUCGCGAAUAUUCUGAGAAAGUAUCGUAUCGAAAAAGAAGUAACUCGAACGAACGAGCGUCUGGUGUCGUCUUCGAGCACGAACUCCUUUGCGGAAGACUUGGAAGAGGCAGACGAGCUGGGUGACCUCUAUUGUCCCUCCAUAGACGACUUGGACAACGUCCUGACCGCGUACGAUAAAAUAAUUAACGAUGUUUCUCUGUCGACGAGAACAAUCGAGAAAUUUCUAACGCGGCCAGAACUCGAAGAGUACUAUGCGCAGGAAGCGAACGCACCUCCAUCGAUCUCUCGCGAACCACUGUCAACGGCGAACGCUUCUCAAAGUAAACGACAAUUGGAUUAUUCUUCAGAGAGCAGCGAUAAAAUAGCGAAAAUAUCGUGUUCCCGCCGAGCUAGAGAUGAAAGCUCGAGUUUAACAUCUUGUUCCGUGGAUCCACUGUCUCCGAGCACGGAUCUACCGAGCGUUAACGACGAUAGACCAUUGCGAGAGAUGUUUAAGUCCUCUGUCGAAAGCAUCGCGGAUGAAACGACGCGUUUCAGGCCGGGUCUAACGUCGACCCAGGAAAUCAAGAAGAGAACGUGCUCGCAGAAAGGCGAUCACGAUUAUACAAGCCUGUACGAUCUGGUGUACAACGACAUCCUGAAACGAGGCUUUCCUGAAUCGUGGGACCCGAAGAAUAUGACGGAGCGUUUGAUCAGCUGCGCCCUCGAGGAAGAAAAGAGGUUCAUCGAGGAGAAAAUUAAAACUGAUUCCAACGUGAACUGCGUCGAGAGUCUGUUGGAGCAUUUGCAAAACGAUCCACCGACUUCUCAGACCCAGAAUCUGGAGCUUUUCAUUUCCGAGAAUGCGAUGAUGAACGAAACAGCGUCCGCAGACCUCCACGUGGCUGAGACAGCGCGCGCGAUGUCAAAGUCUGAGGAAGGAAAAUCGGAAAUCGAGAAAGAGGAUGCUUCCAGGGGAUCUAAUCGUCAGGCUAUUAUCGUGGAAUCUGUCUUUAAUUCUAAAAGUCAGUCGUCUUCGGGUAGCAAAGAGGAUAACGAACGCUCUUCGGGCAACGAAACGAGCAAAAUUUAUUCCAAUAACGAAUCGUCGCAAGAAAAGACUCGUUCCAAGGCGACGAAUGAUAGAACUAAUUUCAACGGGAAUGAUCACGCCAUUCCGCAGAAUGACGCUCAGCUGAAAACUGAGCAAAAUAAUAACGAUUGCAGGAAGAGUUCUGCAAACGAGCCAAUCGAGAACAGCGAAACCGAAAUUCUGAAAACAAUGGAAAACGAGGCAACGGAUAAUUCGAAUAAUAAUUUGAAGGAUGUCGCUGUGGAAGCUAUCGCUUCGUUUUCAAGGGGUGCAAUUCCUGAAUUAAAAACAGAUAAAUCAAUAGGAUCGCAUUUAGCCCAGGAUAAGGCGGGAGUACCUGCACAAUCGAUUAGUAAUGUUAUCCACGUCUCGCCGUCUGACUCUUUACGCGAUUGCGCGUCUCUCGAGUCCUCUCCCAAGAACGUUUCGAAAAUCUCAUCUAAUGCAGCAACUCCCAAACGCGAAUUCAACAAAAUCGAACAAUUGCGGCAAACGAGUAACUGUCUAAACGGUGACCUCGGCGAAAUAACGAAUCGAAGAGGUUUGUACCAUGGUAACGUAAUCGAAAAGGAAAAAAUUUUGGCGGACUUGUACGACGAUGUCCAUAUGAAACUUUUAUUUUCUACAUUGGACACGAAUUGUUCGAACGCGGUCGAUCAGGAUUAUAGAACGUCCAACAGCGUAUCUUCGGUAAAAUUAAAUAAAGUCGAAGCAUUGUCGUCAGACACCUCGCGUUCCGAAGGGGAAUUAUGCAUGGCAAGUUCCGGUUCUUAUUCCCUAGGAGAAGUUAAGGUAUUAAGUACAGACGCGUGUGCCAAUAGCGUAACCGUUUUCGUCACGAAAGAAAUGUUAAAUUCCUGGAAUGAAUCUUCGAAGUCGUUGAUACAAAGUAUGGGAGAAAUUUAGGGUUGCUGAUUUGACGGAGAACGCGCUAUCGAGAAUACGUUAGAAUAAAGUAUAUUCCGCGACAUUUGCUCUUUAAAUGAACUUGCAUAAAAAAAAAUUUAAUAAUGGUACCAAUGCACUGUACAUAAUUAUAGCUCUAAGCAAUGAUGUUAUAUGAACAAGAACGUCACGAACGUUAUGUAUAAUUAUAGAAAAGUAAUAAAACCACUACCCAAAACAUAGUUGUCGAUGUUACGUGUGUUAAUUUAUUUUUAAUGGAAUAUACCGAGUACUUUAAUAGAAUAUAUGGGAAUAAUUUCGGGUUGCUGAUUUGACGAAAAGUGCGCCAACCGAUAUGCGUUGGCGUGGA